GGAUAGGUAGGUUGAGGUCACCCCACACACCGCCCCUCGUGCUAGCAGUUGGCAUUUAUUUUGUUUACUUUGGCUAGGGGGACGACAACGCGAUAGGCCUCGUCCAAACACGCCCUUUUUAUCCCCCCCAAAACCCACACAAAUAAAUUGAAAAUGCCUCGAGUUGCUCAAGUUCCCCGGACGGGGAAUGCUAGGAACAACACAGGCUCUAGUACGGCCUCACCAUUCAUAACGCAGUCACCCGUCAAAAUCCCCCUCAACGAUGAUGUGUCUGAAAAGGGGCAGCGCAUGAGCUCUAGGAGAGCUCUCCACGAAAGACAAUUUAACGAGAUCAAGAAGGCCGCAACUCCUCGCAAGAUUGGCCUUCGCCUUGACGACAUGGAGAACGGUGAUCCCCAAACUCCCCGCGGCGGCCGCGCCAGCUAUGUCGAAGAUGACGAGGGCUUUGUGGUCGGAGGCUCUGCGGUCACGCCUAUGAAGCGUGUGCCGCUUCUCGCCAAUUUCGAAGAAUGGAUGAAGAUGGCCACCGACAACAAAAUCAAUGCGACAAAUUCAUGGAACUUUGCUCUCAUAGACUACUUUCACGAUAUGUCACUCCUCAAGGAAGGCGACGGUGUGAACUUCCAAAAGGCCAGUUGCACCUUGGACGGAUGCGUCAAGAUCUACACCAAUCGUGUUGACAGCGUCGCUACGGAAACAGGGAAGCUAUUGAGUGGCCUCGCUGAUAGCAACAACGCAAAGAAGAAAGACAAGGAUGGCGAGGAUGCCGACGAGAGCGACGAAGAAGAACUCGAUGAGGAUGGCAAUGUAAAAAAGAAGCCCAAGAAGAAGACACAACGAUCAUCUGAAGCAACCCUUGCCCCCUCGUUCAACUCGCUGCAGCUCAAAAAGUUUGAGCUGGAAUUCGCCGUCGAUCCCCUGUUCAAAAAAGCAUCUGCCGAUUUUGAUGAAGGUGGCGCCAAGGGUCUUCUUCUAAACCAUCUCAUGAUCGAUUCACAAGGACGUAUCGUCUUUGACAGUAGCGACGAUACUGGUGAUGCCACCACUCUUGGAAGGACGAAGUCCGACGAUGAAGAGGACGACGGAGAAGACGAGGAGGCCGAGAACGACCCAGAGGAAGAGGAGCUGGAAGAUGAGGAAGAAGCCGACGACGUCGAAAUUGAUGUUGGACUCCUGGGUGCCAAGUUCAUCCCGGACUUACAGCGACUCGAUGAGCUCGAUGUUUGUCCUUCUCUAAAGACGUUUGAUCUUGGCGAUCCUUCGGGAUCCAUGGAUAUUCCAUUCCUAAAGGCACCCGAGGAUUGGAGACAGGACCAGGACAAGGAAAAGACCCCCGGCGCGCUUGGCGACUUUUCCGGUCUCGUAAUUGAUGGUGACGAAGCAGCAGGCUUCGACGAUGAUGACCUCGCCCUGGGAGCCUUCGACGCUGCUGAUAAUGUUGCUUUUGGCGAGGGUGGCGAGGCUUGGGCUAGAGAGGCCGCACUGGAGCCACAGAUGCGAGUGUACGACGCUGGCCUUGGUGAAGAGGGUGGUGAGGGAGAUGAGAUGGACGGCAACGGUGAAUACGUUGUUUCAAUGACGAGCGCGCAGAAGGCGGACAAGAUGCACGAAGAUAUCCUUGGAUUUUUCGACCAGGCGUUGCAGAAGAAUUGGGCGAGCGCGGAGCACUGGAGGAUCAGGAAGAUCAAGGAUGUGAAUAAGCCGGCAACAGAGACAAAGAAGCGCAAGGAGAAAGAGCCCUUUGAAAUCGACUUUGCCGCACCGCUGGAUUCACACACUUCGGAUAUCAUCCAUACACAGGCCACCAACAAUUCGGCCAUCAGCAUGCCUAAGAAGGAUUGGAAGUCCAAGUCACGCAAUCUUCUGCCCGACGACAAGCACUUUAACUCCAGGUCUCUGCUAAGCCUGUUCCUCAAGCCAAAGGCACGGAUGAGCAAACGACGCCCAGGCUUCAGCUCUCGCGGCGGGAGUGGUUUUGGUAAUGCCGGUGCAGAUAAUCAACCUGAUGGGGAAAUGGACGAAGCAUUCUGGGCCAACCAAAAGGCCCCGCAACAUACAGACGAGACAGCGUUGCCUGAAGGCGACUAUGAUGCCAACUUCUUCCAGGACGAUGUUAUGCCAUUCCCCGGCGGCGGGGACUUGGACGACGAUGACGAUCUAGAAUUUGCGGACGCAAGAGAACACUUCUCACCAGGGCUUGACGGGCAGGCUGGAAUCACUGAUGGCAGAGGGCUCACAGCUCUACUUAAUGGAGAGACAGUAACUAAUACUGGGGCGUUCGGAACGACACUGGUCACUCAAACGAGGCGUGUACGACCCGAGUAUGUGCAAUAUGCUAGGGUAGCCAAGAAGGUGGACGUGCGAAGGUUGAAGGAAGAGUUGUGGAAGGGUAUGGAUGUCGACAUUCUUCGAAAACAACCUGAGCCCCAAGCAGUGGAUGUCAGCGAACCUAAGCAAGAAGAGACGCUCAAGUUCACAGAGAUCAUGAACAAUCUGCAGACCGUAUAUCCCAAGCCGGUGAUGGAUGAUAUUUCGACCUCGUUCUGCUUUAUCUGUCUCUUGCACUUGGCCAAUGAGAAGGGCCUUGUGAUUGACAACACACCUGGUCUGUCGGAACUUGAGAUCCGCAGGGAUUGGUCAGCGGAGAUUGUCGAGGGUGAAUAGCGGGAGCGAUUUUGAGCUAUGUGACCACUUGUCUUGAGUAAAUUCGGGGUUGGCCAUGUACUUGUUUGUUUGACGAGUCAUGCAUGAGAUGCUCGCGGAAUUGUUCAAGGGACACCUAGCAAUGCAUGGUAUGGUAUGGAUGGCAUGGCAUGGAAGAUAACGUGAUAUCCUGGCGUUGGGGGGAGAAGUUAACAGUAACAAUAUCUAGAUUACUUGUUUUGAAUGAAGGACACGAAGGAAUGAUUGGUUGAUCAUAUUCACGAGCUUUGCUUUAUACCAUGUGGAUGCCAGCUCGAAGAUGAGGUGGUGGUACUUGAAUUUGCAGCCUCCUUUUGCGGGGUUCCUUUUCUUGCAGGUAUGAAGAAAGCAAGUUUGAAUUCUUGAGCGGGUGAGCUUUUGUGGUCUCUUGGGUCGUAUCCAAGUUUUCCCAAUGACAAUAAAUACUUGGUCAAUGGUGCUACCAUUGACCAUCACAUCCUAACCUCGUCGCUGUUGGAAAAUCAACGGCGGUAGAAGAUUCGUCAUUCUAUCACCAAGUCGAAUGCGCGAAUGCCACCAUGGCCACCAUGAUACCCACAACAUCACACUCAUCUCAUAGCUGACUCUCCAGUUCCCAUGGAUAAAGCGAAUUAAUCACUAUAGCUAUGCAAACUUGUACCUACCUAUGUGACCUGGGUAAUGACCCCAGUACCUAGAGCAAAUGAUUUCCAGCUCGUGUGUUCAAGAUCGGGUCCUGAUUACCUUAACUUGGUUUUUAUUCAGGUAAAAUAGGUAGAUAUUCAGGAUCUGUAUGGUUUUAUGGUAAGGUACCUAGGUACUAACUUCUAUCAACUUCUAGGUACGGUAAAGUACCUACCUUACAUAGGUACCUCAGGUAGGUAAGGUUACUCAGGUAUGUCCCUAGGUAGGGACCUGGAACCCUGGAGUCAGUCAGGUACGUACCUCGAUAUCCCAGUCUCAGACCCACUCAUUGGCUUUUGUGGCUGCGCCAUGACGUUGAAACGGGUUACGAACUGGACCCUUAUGACGAUGUUGAUAAAUUGUGGGGGUGCCAAACCAGACGAGAGAACAAGAACAAAGCAACUUUGAGGUGCUGAGGUAGAUAAGUCUGAUGAAUAAGGAAGGACCCUUGAGAUCGUCUCGUUCUUUUCAUUUCGUUCAUCUUUCUCUCCUCACAUCUUUGGCCUCUCCUCCUAUGUAAUCAGUCACCCACCUUUACCUGCUACUUCGAUUUACUACUACACAUCUAUUGUAGAUAGCAGCCCAGCUACAUCUCCUAUAGGUACCUUAUACAAUACACAUCGAUCAAUCGAUAGCCUCCCUUGUCUUCAGAAUUACCAGUAUCGCGGGACUGAACUGCCCCUCUCUCGCCGCAAUGAUCUGGUGGUGGUCUCACACCCGUAAACCCCCUUGAUCAUAACACCAAUCUGGUUCCUCGAUGUGGACAUGCACUACUCGCUCACAUGUAUAUAAUAUAACGUCCAAUUCCAUGGCUUGGCAUUGGUUCUGCCGUAAGUUUCCAUACUGACUCAAUUCCUGGUCAUUUUCUUGCAAUACCUAAUUCAUUGCACACUAAAAACCAAUAGAGUAUGUGCCUUCGAAUAACCCAGUUACCGACAUGGAUAAACCUUUAAACUAUACACCAGCCAAAUUCCUCAUGACUUCCGAAUGCUAUUUUUGGAUCCUUUCAAAACUCUUUCCAACCCAAAGUCAAAGCACCUAACGCCAGAAUCCACGACUGCGCGACUCGAUAUUACCACAGCAGCCAUUAUAGGUACUCGCUCAAACUGUACCACUAUUAACCUAAAGACCGAAUCAUGAAAUGGAAAAGACUUGACAUCAUCAUGCGUGGGUAUCGGAUAAGAUAAGAAACGAAAGGGGUCCCCAGGGGUGACUAAGUUGCAUAUCGACACAUCUGGACACAAGCGUUUUGGCGUCGAAUGCAGCAGCAGUAUGUAUGCUAUCAGCUUAAGUUCAUCGUCACCGCCCUUCAUCGUCGUUCGUCGCGUUCAUGCUUUUCGACAAGCUCACCAGCUCUUAGCAAGACGCUCAUGCCAUCGAGACGAGUCUUGAAGGACCGAUCCUCCAUUGGGGCCACCAGAUCAGGUGCCGGCGUCAUUGGCACAUCGCUGUCCGCCAUGUAUUCGUCGUUCCUGGCUGGAGGGCCAGUGGGUGGCAAUGGUUGAGAGCCUUAAAAGCCGAGUUAGCUUGGACUUCUUGAGGAAGCCUCCAGAGAUUCAAGUACCAUAUCCCCGGGGCACAACGCCGUGGCCAAAAUAUGGCCUUGCGAGCGGCACAGGGUCUGUUGGGCUCGGGGUCGUCGUACCAGUACCUAACCAGGAAACAGGAGAACCCCGUUCGAACAUGGCCGCGUUGGCAGCAACAACUGGUGUCGGCAGCGUCUGGUGGUGGGAAAGAAGAGCGUGGAUUGGGAGCGGUCUCUCGCCGGGAGUUCGUGCAAAGCCCCCUGCUGGACUCACUGAACCAAUACUGCUGCUCGAAGACGGUUCGUGCCGGAGCAGGGGGGGCUUGGGCGGCGCGGAUGGAAGCACGUUGGGGACUUCGGGUACCGACCUAGGGUGGUUCGCGGCAACAAAACCACUCGAAUAGGGAUUACCUUCCGACCCGGAUGCAAUUGGCAUCCCUUUCCUUCCAUCUUCGAGCAUGUUGGACAACGAGGGUAGAUGCUGAUGUGAAACUUCUACCCCCCGACCUCCUUCUCGCCAGGACUGCCGGCGUUUAGGAGCUUGGUAAUGGAGUUCCCGUGGACUUCCAACAUCGAAAUGGGCGGCCUGGGGUGAUGACAUGGUCUCGUCGUUCGAGUUUGCCUGGGACAACAAAGUUGGCGUAGUUGACGAGUGCUGCGAUUCAGCUAUCGAUGCAAUCGAAUUCAACCUUUCUCGCCGACAAGGUGGUGGCUCGCUCCCUUGCAACCUCUCACUACCACUGCCGCUCGAAGUGUUGCCUCCCGGUGUCAUGGUGCUGCUGCUACUGCUGCUGUGCCGUAAUCGAACGGGAUCCAAUUUUGUCCUCUUGGAGACAUCGGCUAGCCAACGGCGGGGUGUCAGUUUUACUGUCAUGUCAAUGUGUGGUGGAUUUGAUGCCAUAUGGCUACAAACCUUGGGUACGUUUGGCCUGCUUCUCUUUGAACUCGUGGAGAUAUUGCAUAUACUUCCGAUAAUCGGCCGUUUUCUUAUAGUCCAUCAGGUCACGGUGGUACUUCUCCUUAUCGGCAUUUGCUUGGCUUUCAUAUGCCUCCUUUUCACUUGCAUUCAAGUUUUGCCAAUUCUCUCCGACGAGUUUUGCAAUUUCUGUGAACGUGAGAUUUUGACUUUUUAAGUCUUCCCUCAUUUCUUUUCAUCGUUUGUCAGUAAAUAUUCACGAACAGCGAGCGCGUGUCAGGGCACAACUCACUGUUGGAAAACAAUACAUAUGCUGAUGGGGGUCUCUCAGGGGCAUUCUCGUCAGGCUGGUACCUCGUUAGUCAUCAAAUCGCCACUGGAGGAAUGCAAAAGUUUCAACUCACCUUAGGGUGACGCCGAUACUUUCGUUUGGCAACACCUUGUCCAUCGGGAGGUAGUUCCGUCCGAGUGGGCUCAAGCUGCACACUAUCCGAUUUUGCAUCUUCGCUGGUUGGCCUGGCAGGAGUCACCAAUGACACCGAUGGGGAGAUGCCACGGGCAUUAGCUAUCCUUCUUUGGAGCUUCUAAAGAAAUUGAGUCAGUGGCUGCCUGAGUAGGCGGUGACAGGAACCAUACCCUCCGGUGGCCAAGUUUGACACCCAAUGCAUCUCUGAAAAAGGCUGUUAGAGGAAGUGUUGCAAUCAGUCCAGUAAAAAUGAAACAUACAGAUCUGACUCCUGGAUGUCAAGAAUUAUAUCCCACUCAUCGAAGCCUUGCUCAACGAAUGCACCAAGAUACUGGGACAAUCCCAACUCGGCAAAAAUUGACUCAAGAUCGGGAGACAUACAGCCCAGCUGGAAAGUUCCGGGGAACCUCCCUCCAAAGACGAACGGUUUUUUUGGAUUAAUUGGUGCCAGUGUGGCGGUUCAACUUCGUCCCAGGUUCAAGUGGCUACGGCGUUAUACAAUUUGAUGAGAGAAAAAAACAAAGGUAUCAAGUAAUCAAGCCAGUUUGCGUCGAGGGUGUUUCCAGUGCAAGUCUGGUGUUAUGUUCGGGUUCGUCUUUUAUACAAAUAUGUUAAUCACUGGUAUACGAGGCUUCUGAUGGUCUCUCUUGUCGGUUGGUGGUGUUGAUGGAUGGGUAUAAAUGAAAACAGGUAGGUUUUGAAACGCGGGGUUUGGCACUGAGCUUUGAUGAACUGACGAUGUCGGUUGAAGCUUGGUGGUUCAACAAGGGGUAAUUGUGAGAUUGAUGUUGGGCAAGAAUCUGGGAGUAAUAAGGUGUUAUGCUACAUUCGAAGAGUUUCUGACUAUGCGGUUGAGGCUUUGGAUCUUCGAUGUGUAGUGAUGGAUCAAGUGUGAUGAGUGAGGAGGUUCGGACGUGCAACGGAGAUCUUGGGCAACAAGGGAGUGAUAAACUCAGUGAUCGAGAGGAAUAGGGUCCGAUGAUUGUGUUGAAGGGCAUAAAGUCCUUGGUGAAUAUACAGAGGGUAAGGGGAAGAGGCGUAGGAGAAUGACGAAAGAAAUAGGAGGCACGUACAAGCAAGAUGUGAUGGUGUUGGGCCGGAGAAUUGGUGAACAGUGGACCUUGGACAAGAAAAGCGUUGGCUCAUAUGGUGAAGGGUCGUUAUUCUUCGCCAAUUGACAAGCCACAACGAUGAGCAGAAAUAGUUUUCUGAGGCAGAAGAUGGACAGUCAAAGGAAUGGGAAACAACAGAGGGCCAGCAAGUAGGCUGGAUAGAUGAGAUGAGUUCGAAAGGGAGCGAACAGCAGUUACGAGCACCCCCAGAGACAACAAGCGGAAUCGGAUAUCUCGAUUGCAAAGAGCAAGUGCUGUGCUGUGGUGGAUUGAGGGAAGGGUAUUGUGUCCAACCGCGAUGAGGGAAGAAUGAAAGCUCACGUUCUGUCAGCGGCGCAAGAACUCGUCAGGGAUAGAUGUCGCGGAUAGUAACGAGACGUGGAUUGGCAGGUGAUCUUCGGACUGAAACUUAUGAGGCGACUGUGAGGUGAUAGAUCCAAGGGGACAGGCCCCGGGUUAGGUUUGGCUGCAGGUCGGUUGAAGGUCAAGUGUUCUGGACCUAGGCUCUUGUUGGCGUGUGCGCAAGCGUGAGAGUCAAAGGACAGGCAAGGCAAGGCAGGACGAAUAUAAGAAUUACACUGUAGGAACGGGACUUCAGUCGUGGACAUACGAGAGGGGGUGUGAGGGCUUUCGAAGAAAGAUAGGUCAAAUAUGAGUUGCUCUGUGCGGAGCUGGUGUAAGAGCCAAUAUUGGGAUGGGGGAUUCUUAUUCAGGGCAUCGUGGGAUCCAGAAUGCUGUAUAGAUGGAGGUAGAGACAGGGUCCAGGGCAAAACGGGGAAGAGUCGGAGGUGCCGCAGCCACCGGCAAAAGAGUAAACACGAUUAUUAGUUGAUGAACAUGAAAUAGGCAAAGCAGGGUUUUGGAAGCGAUGAUAGAAUCGUGAGAGUUCAAGUGGCAGAAAAAGAGCAGAAACAUCAGAUUCCUACAUGGCACUCGCUUUGGGGGGUGGUCUUGCUGUUCAGAGGCCCCAAGAGAAUUGGGAGGGCAUGGUCUAGCCCAGUCAGUUCACAACUCAACCUAAGGGGGGCGUGAACGUGUGUAGAAGAAGGGUGUAGGCCUACAAUCUUCCGUCAAGGGCACACAGCCUUGGCACGCUUGUCUCUUAAAUUCUGGGCUGGCUGUUGAUCCGCAGCCUCUUUCUUUUUCUGUUAUAGAGCGUAUCAAGUUUUGACGUUCGAGAAAGAUGAAUGAUGCAAGGGCCGAUUUUACACCGAAGCAUUAUCAUCAUUGUCCAUCAUCCAUCAUAUUGGGUCUUGGGAGUUAUGGACAAUUGGCACCAACAUUGCUAAGCAACGUACGUACAGAAAUGCAGUUCAGACUCGAGAUGGGUCGAAAACAAGAAGCGUGGACCCCCCGAGGCCCUGUCGUCGGCUACGUAUACGAUAGGGCGGCACCUGGACAACAUCGAGAUGCCCCAACUUGGUCCAAUUGACGCAUUCAUGAACGAUAUCUGGGACCAUGGGCAUAUUGAUGUCGCUUCAACGCAACACAACGCAACCCUACUGGUGCCCGUGACUGUGAGUUCUAGCAGAGCCCAUCCACGAAUAGAUGGACGGAUGUGUUGAAUGGAGAAUGCGACGCGGUGCUUGAGAUGGGAGCACCAAAUCGAAAGUCAGAAGGAAAUCGGCACUCAUCGAAAAGAUACACACCAUUGCUGCUGCUGCUGCUGCUGAUACUGAUGCUGCUGGUGUUUGCUUGAUGUUCCACAGAGCGAGCGGUCCCAUCAUGAUGUUCCAAGGACACGGGCAGGCCUGUAAUGGGGUUUGGCGCAUCGCAUCCUCUAUUCAGAAAGAGGCAAUUGGGCAUGACGAUCAACCGUCAAUUUGAUUGAUUGAUUUGCCCCGACACGGCAGGAUGACAGUAAUUGGCUAGGUGCGUCACCCGUCCACACCAGGCUUUGCCAGCCCUCAAACUCAGGCGCAUGUCGGUAGCGCAGCUACUCAGAAACUGUAACGGGUAAGAUCUCGAUCCCAAUUCGUGAAACGGUCGUGGCCUCCCGUACUGUACGAUACGGGAUGACUGCGUGAUGGGGUGAGAAUGUCACGCUCUUGGGCGUGGUCUCCCCAUCAUCCUCAAGUCUCCGCAGCUGGCUCAAAGCCUCAAAGAUCUUCGAAACUCGCCGAGACGGUACGCAUCAACCAGCUAAAAGAAGCGUGACAGACGGACGGUCAGGGUUGAAGUUGAGCUUGUUCUACAAAUGGCAACGCUCGUCGGUAGCCAGGUGGUUGUGGGUUAACUAAAACGGAGUUUCUGGGUCAAGUUCUGGUGGUCGGAGCUAUUGCGAGCCCGGGGUGUGGAGCCGGUAUAAGUGACGCACGCCCUGGGCUGUCCACAAUCCGCUCGUGGGUUGUUCCUGAUCGUCAUCGAGCCAUCGCCUUUGUUGAAAUCGAGGUUUGGCUUAUUGAUCGCACAACGCCAGAACUCCAACUUCACCAUGAUCGAGCUGGGCCUUGAUCAAAUCGCCCAUGAUGCCGCGCCAACAGGUGAUCUGCUUGCUCAGAAAUGCCCCAGAUCCCCUUUUCGCGGGCCACACGGUGCGGCCACCGACGUCUUUGGGAAGUUCGUUCGUGCAGAGGGAUGCAGCCGCCAGAAUUUGUCAUGUUGUGCUGAUGGUUGAUGAUGCCUCAAGUCGAAUGACGCAUAUUAGAACGUGUUCCAAGGCAUCAUUUGUUUUCCCUUUCUACCAUGAUGGGGCAGUGUCGUCCAGGGUGAAAGCGCACGACCGACCUCCGGCAGUCCUCCUUUGAUUCUGUUUCUCAGGUGCUCUGAUACAUAAUCUAAUUCUGUUUGGGCCAAUUGGGCAUAUUCUGCGUUGACAAGCCGAAGCUGAAUGGGAUCGUUGGUUCUAUUAGGCAUAGUGGCUAUAAGUGGGCAUGCGAUAGUUUACAAGUAGUUUGUAAGUUAAUGGCUAUCAACGACCGAGAUGUGCAAGACAGGAUUAUUCAUCGUCAGGCCCGGCCACUCAAGUGGCAUUGAAAACAUACGAUAGCCACAAUACGUGGUGUCGGUAAUUGUGAAUCGAAAGCUGGUGGUAAAAUCGCCAUGAGCGGGAUGGGAAUUCGACAGAGGGUCUAGAAUCUCGAUCCCUCAGGGCUCUGGGAUUGGUGAAUAGUGGCGGGUUGAGUGGCCGACUCCCCGUACAAUGUAACGCCUCCCCCUCUGGCCAUUCAGCCAUGCAUCUUUCGUUUCGAUCCCAGAGGCUUAUUCGAACUGUGCCACCUUGGCCAUUUCCACCAAGUAUUGAGCUUGAGUUGCCGAUAUCUUGAUCGAUCGUAAAACUGAUCACGGCCUAGUAUUAGAACUUGCAAGUUAAGAAUGAUGUAAAAUAAGGGUCACGGAGCAUGGUCCGUAUCACUGAGCCAAUAAGCAAGCUUAAAGCUCUCGGGAUCCAAAAAUCCCCGGUUUUCUCGGGAGAAGCGAAAGACUAGGUGCUCUCUGUUGUUAUGACAGCAGCCUAACUAUGUACUAUUAGCAAAACUAGGCGCCUGGAGGGUUGAAGGAGGCUGAAGUACCUGCCUGGGCAGGCAGACAGACAGGCUGGCUGGCUGGCUGGCUGCAUCUCCAACGUCUGCCUCCGACGACGGCUGGUGGUUUCUGCACAAGGAAUAGAUAUGAAAGCUACCUUGCCCGAAAGUUUUCGGGCAUUGUAGUUUUUGAUGGCAAAAGUAAAGGCUUAAGACCGACUCCCCAAGGGUCGCGUAAAGCGCAUCAAAGCGAAUAUUUCUCCACGAUGUUGAGUCUAGAACGUUGAUGGGAGGGAGGAAUAAGUCGCGAAGUGGCUGACAGGGCAAUGGCCAUCCAUCCAUAUCUGAUCUUUGGAAAGGGAAAUGGUGUCUGGGUGUGCACUAACUGGUAGGGAGACUAGGGGAGGAAAGAAAACUCAGG